AUGGCAACUAGUAUGAAUUCACCGAUUGGAGCACUACCAGUGGAAAUGCUACAUCGAAUUUUCGAUAAUCUCGAUACAGAAACAAUUUUAUUGUCAAUUCGAGUAGUAUCAAGAUUAUUUCGAGCAGCUGCUAGCACUUAUAAUCGAUAUAGUAUAGAUUUUCAAUUAAUGUCAACAUCAAAAUUUCCUCUUCUGUGCCGAUUAAUAAAUCCUGAACAUGUUAUAUCAUUGACACUUUUAAACAAUUAUCGAACAUUCAAUCAAACAGAUUUAUUUAUUUCUCUGACUCAUCUGAAACAAUUUACUCGACUUCAUUCUUUAACUCUUGAUAUCAAUGAAUCACAAUUUAAUUUUGUAUUAGAACGUAUUAAUCUAAAUACACUUACUUCACUUUCAUUCAAUAUUGGAAUAUACGAUAAUCGAUGGGCAGAUACAACUCUCAAUUUUCUCUCAUCAGCACUUUCACAGUCAACUUUUCGUAGAUUAGAAUUAUAUAUCAGACCUGAGACAAAAUCAAGGAUUUCAUGGCCAGUCAAUUGUACAAUUCGAAAUUUAACAAUAAAUAAUGGUAUAUAUAUGGAUGAUCUUUGUAAGAUAUUUCAAAAUUCUUCUAAUUUGAAUACACUCAUUAUGAAUGAAUUCCCAAAAAUGAUGAAUAAAAAUUUAUCUUUACGUUUUCGACAAUUAACAUCGUUAACUUUCAAAGAUUUUUGUAUAGUCAUCGAUGAACUUGAAUCAUUUCUUUUAUUAACACCAUCACUUAUUCAUCUAAAAUUGUUUGGUGGAAGAGGAAUGCUUGAUGGUAAAAAAUGGGAAGAACUUAUUCAAAGAAAUUUACCUCAAUUGAAUAAAUUUGAAUUUUAUUUUACUCAAUCAAUAUCAACUAUGUUAUCUUCGACAGAUCCUGAAUUAAUUAUUAGUUCAUUUCAAACAUCAUUCUGGCUUGAACACAAAAAAUGGUUUGUUACUUGUGAAUAUCAUUUUGAAAAUCCAAAAAGUAUUCACUUGUAUUCAUUGCCAAUAUGUAAACCCUUUUUAUAUUACAUACCUAUACCAAAAAAGAUUUCAUCAUCUACUUAUCCUUUAAUAAUGAACAAUAAUCUAUCAAUGAUGGAUAAUAUUAAAUUAUUGGAAUUGGAUUGGACUGAGUCACUAACAGAUGAUAUUCAAGAAAAACAAAAAAUAAUAACAUACCAACCAUUAUUUUCUAACGUGACUGAGAUUAAUAUUAAUUCACAACAAGUUUGGCCUUUACUUUCAUUACAAUCACUUUCUAUAUUUAUCGAUAUUUCACGAAUUGUUCAAAUGAAAAUCUACAGCAUGUAUUUUGAUGAAUAUGAUCAAGAUAUAUGGAUAAAUAUUGGCAACUUUAUGAAACAAGCUGAUAAUCUCUCUUCAUUUAUUAUUGAAAACAAUUCACACAUAUAUUAUUCAAGUUCAACUAUGGAAAAUAUUUAUUCAAUUCUUCCUCGUCAUGUAAGAUAUUUAGAAAUCCCAAUAGAUCAUUUAAAUAAGAUACCAAUGAUAUUUGAACGAUGUGAAAAUUUAUCAACAAUUAGAUUUCACUGUGAAAAUACACAUUUCUCUCGUAAAGUCAUUAAUUGGUUUGAUAACAACACAAUUAACACAACCUGUCAUUUAGGUGAUAAGAUUGUUUGUAUUUGGCUUGGAAAGAAAAAACAUCAUCUGCUUGAAAGAUUUGCUAAUCAUUCAAUUGACCAACGUCCUUUUAAACUAAUCAAUAAAUUUUUCAAAAAAUAA